AAUAUGGAGGUUGGAGACCAAGAUCAUGUUCAAUGUCCAUGUGACACGUGUGCGUGACAAAUGUCACAGGCGUUUCCAUCACCACGGCAAGUUGAGGAGUCUUUUGUUUUCGUUUUGCGACCUCUUUCAAUCCUCAUCCUUGUCCGAAACGUUGUCCUUGAAAAGCCACGGGUUCCUUGAGGACCCACUCACGCUCCUUAUUGACUUACGCUCACAAAGCAUAUACCAUUCGAUCAGAAACCACCAUGGACUCUAGAGGUUUCCCCGUCGACCACUCCCAUGCUCAUAUGCGUCUUCACAAACGCCAUUACCGCCGUCAACAGAAGGUCGACGACGACGA